AUGCCAACAGCAUUGGAAGAUUAUCAAAAGAACUUUUUAGAACUGGCCAUUGAGUCAAAAGCUUUAAGAUUCGGUGAAUUUACUUUGAAAUCCGGUAGAGUAUCACCAUACUUCUUCAAUUUAGGACUCUUCAACACCGGUAAGUUGCUUUCAAACUUAGCCACUGCUUAUGCAAUUGCCAUUAUCCAAUCUGAAUUGAAGUUCGAUGUCAUCUUCGGUCCCGCUUACAAAGGUAUUCCAUUAGCAUCGAUCGUUUGUGUGAAGUUAGCUGAAAUCGGUGGUUCGAAAUUCCAAGAUGUGAAGUAUGCCUUCAACAGAAAGGAAGCCAAGGACCAUGGUGAAGGUGGUAAUAUCGUUGGUGCUGCACUAAAGGACCAAAAAAUCUUGAUCAUCGACGAUGUCAUGACUGCAGGAACUGCAAUCAACGAAGCGUUUGAGAUCAUUGCCAAGGAAGAAGGCAAAGUUGUUGGAUCCAUUAUCGCAUUAGACAGACAAGAGGUGGUUAACACCGAAGACACCGAAGUUCUAAGUGCUACUCAAUCUGUUUCUAAGAGAUAUGACAUCCCAGUUUUAAGUAUUGUCAACCUGUCAAACAUUAUCAGCUACUUGGAUGGCAGAAUCUCUGUGGAAGAAAGGGAAAAGAUGGAACAAUACCGUCAAACUUAUGGUGCAUCUGCAUAA